UAAAUACCCAGCUGUCGACCGAGGAAUAAUUUUUUUCUUCUAUUACCAUAGCGGCUUUAUCAGCUGAAGAUGGCGGACGGGGAGAACAUCCUUGUUGGAGCCAGUUCCAGCAAUACAAGUAUGGAAGAACCCGUUUCAAAAAAGGCCAAAAUGAGCAUGGCCAUAGAAUGUGGCCUAAAGAUUGUUCACACUGAGCAAGUUACAUACGGGCCAGAGGCUUAUGAGAGUUGGGCGGCGGCGAUUUCUGCGCGGCCAAAUGAGGAGAUUGAGCCGGUGAUGGCGGUAGGACAGGCCCCAGCAGCAGCACUAGGCGGAGACAAUGGGCUGCUGGUCUUGGAGCCUCAGGAAAGCGUAACAAAUUUAGAAAGGGCGUCUGGACCCGCUGCGGAGCCUGCAGGUAGGCUAAUUUAGCUAGCUAACUGCUAUAGCUAGUAUGCAAAAUAUUAUUUUUUUGCAGACUCGAGCGUUGAAUGUCUGGUUAGAUUACUCCACCUUGGAUAGCCAAUUCAAUUGGGCUAGCUAGCGUUGUAGCUAACUUGCUGCUCGCUAGUUUAGCAGCACGUCAGCCUAAAGGUUGAAACUAGCAAACUUUAGCCAAUUUAAAAAUAAAAAUAAAAAGUAGCCAGCUAUCAACAUUAGCUUUUUGGCUAGUAAUGUUAUGCAAUUUAGGUUUUUUGGUUGCAAGUUUUUUGCAAUAUUCCAGGGAAUGCAAAAAUACAGUAACAUUUUCAAGUCCUUUGCAGAGUAGAGAGAUACGUACUGGUCAACACAUUGCCUGAUUUUCAAGUCCUUUGCAGAAUAGAUAGCUAAUUUACGUACUGUUCAACAUGUUGCCUGAGUGAUCUGUUAUGAAGAGACAGCUAGUCCACAUUAAAGAUGCACAAUGCAGAAAUCGCUCCGCCAUUUCUUGGUUGCUAAAAUUCUAAAAGUUAGCUUAAUAUCAGUUCAUGUGACAAAACAUACAAGUGUAGUGUAGAUAAUCAUUGUACCAUCUAAACCGCUGUGAAAUCUCUUUUAUAACCAAACAUAUUGUAUUUUCAGCUGUUUGAAGCUAGUGUAUAAAACCGAAAGUAAAAGAUGCGAAACUUAAGAACGGGAAGCUUAGAAAUAGCACACAUAGAACAUAUCUACUGCUUCUUAGGCUUGCUUUCAAUGAGAAUGACAGAUCUAUAACACAUAUUUCUAUGUGAAUUUGGUCAGGUACAUAUUGCAGCUUUAAAUGAAUUGACAAAACUGUAUCAAUUACAGCAAUCAUGUCCUUUUUAUUGCAGGUCCAGAGUGUCUUGGCACUGAUGAGGAGUUUCACCCAAAUGGCUUUGCCUCCCCAGACGAUGUCAAUGAGGAUGAUGACAGAUCCUCACAUGCAAGUUCCAGUGACUGGACCCCUCAACCACAGAUAGGUACAAGAUGUCAAAUAAGUCAUGUUUUAUAAAACCUGGUUAAAACCAUACAAAAGACAACAUGCAGAGGCACAAAUAUCAACGACAUCACACCUGCCCAGAGACCCACCUGUUUUCACCCCUAUCUCCAGUGCCUGCACUACUCUCCUCCACAUGUCCUCAAAUUGCACCAUUUUGUUCCUCUCCGUUCUCAAUAUUUAGAUAAAGGGUAUUCUUUUUUUCAUUAUCUUAACGAUGGAUUGGUUGAUUUCCCAUUUUUGAGUAUACGUUUUUCGAGGUAAUUGACGAGAAGAGUAUCGUCCAACCCAUCGUGUAUCUCACUGCACCCUCAUAUGACAUUUCUUGAAAUAUGCAGACAAGUAAAUUUACAUUGUAACACUUCUGACAGCCAACUUUCUAUCCCCACCCAUAACAUUUUGACUUUAUAGCAUUUCCUGGAGGCAUGGAUUAUUUAUUUCAUUAUUAGUUUUACAAUUUAGACAUGACUCUGUCAUUGUGCUGUACAUUCUGUCUCUUGUAUAAUACAUUUUAUACAUUAGUUUAUACCGGAUUAAGCGUACAUUUUCGUUAACUGUAAUUUCGUUAGUUAUGUUCCAACAUUCCCUCCAUCUUGUUCCAAUAUCAGUUCUUUUCAAGUCUUGGUUCCAAUAGUUUAUAUUUUUUCUAAGAGAUUGUCAGUUGGAUAGGCUCUCUGCAAGGUUUUGUAUAUCUUAGCUAUCAUAUGAAUAUUAUUUUCUGACUCAAAUAGGAUUCCCUCAAGAUUGCUCUGAUGUCCAAAAGAUUAAUAAUACAAAUUGGGAUAUUAAACUUUUAAGUUGCAUGUAUUUGAAAAUAUCUACAUUGGUCAGUCCAAAAUUGCUUUUUAUUUCUGUCAUGGAAAUACAUUGAUUUCCUAUUACCAAGUCAUUUAUGGUUUCUGCGCAGUUAUGUUUCCAUGUUGACCAAUUCUGAAAAGCUAUCCAAGGAUUGUUCCAUAGGGUUGUGUUUUUUGGGAGUGAUAUUGGUUCUUGUAGAAUACGUUUCAUUUUCUUCCAUAUUGUUAUAGUGUUAACUAUGAAGUUGUUAAUGUUCUUAGCUUUAUCCUUUGAAAAUAGACACGUGAAAAGAUUCUGAGGUUCAGCAUGCGCAUCUUCAAUAAUUACACAUUGUUUCUCUUUAGUGCAUUUAACACUGUGUCUCAAGUAAAAUCCUUGGGUGGCGAGUUGAUACAAUUCCAAUCUGGGAGGUUAAAACCACCAUCAGACUUAGGGAGAUGUAAAACUUUCCUUUAGAUUUUAUGAGUUUUAUUUGCCUGUAUAAAGUCUCUUAUGGCUGAGUAUACUUUUUUUAAAGAAGUCUUUGGUGGGGUAAUUGGUAUUAUUGAGAAUAAAUAUAAAAACUUUGGGAGCCAUGCCAUUCUGAAGAGGUUUAUUCUACCUGUACGAUUUAUGGGAAGAUUGUACCAUUUAAUACACCUGCUGUAAUACACAAAAUUGCAUGCAACCCAGGUAAUUUUCAAGAUACAAUAACAUGUUUUAAGCUAUUUGAAUGUGCAGUAUUUCUGUAUUGAUGUUGGUGUUUUUUAAAAUUAGGUUCCUACAGUUUUAUUCAGCAACACAUUAUGAGAGAGACAAAUCCGAGAACAAUACUGAAAGAGUUGCUUCCUGAGACUGUGCUUCCGCCCGACUUGGAUGACAUGACACUGUGGCAGAUCAUCAUCAACAUCUCGGAGCCUCCUAAAAGAAAGAAGCGCAAAGACAUAAACACCCUGGAGGAUGUGGUUCGGCUACUCCACGAAAGCAAAAAGAUCCUUGUGCUAACUGGCGCUGGGGUAUGUAUUGCAGGGAACAAUUACGUUUGGCUGUGUCCACUUUGUAUAGCUUUCACAGUUGCCUUAUUAGGACUGAUGGUUUAUUUUUCCUCCUCAGGUGUCUGUUUCUUGUGGAAUACCAGACUUUCGAUCCAGAGAUGGCAUUUAUGCAAGGCUUGCAAUAGAUUUCCCAGAUCUUCCAGACCCUCAAGCAAUGUUUGAUAUAGAGUACUUCAGAAGAGACCCAAGGCCAUUUUUCAAGUUUGCUAAGGUUUGUGGACUGAAAGCAUAUCUGUAUAGUAUUUGAUUAAGUGAUGAUGAUGAAUGUCUAUAAAUGACCACUUGUUUGAUUGCUCUGCUCUCUUGCAGGAGAUCUAUCCUGGACAGUUCCAACCUUCGCACUGUCACAAAUUCAUAUCUAUGCUGGACAAGCAGGGGAAGCUACUACGCAACUACACCCAGAACAUUGACACUCUUGAACAAGUGGCUGGGGUUCAGAGGAUCAUCCAGUGUCAUGGUACAUACUGUAAUAUAUGUCAACUUUAAUACAGUUCAAGUGUUUUAAUGUGGUUCCGGGUCUAAUGUUGACUCUUAUGACCCACACUCUUCUGUAUUUCAGGGUCUUUUGCAACAGCUUCCUGUCUCGUCUGUAAACACAAGGUUGACUGUGAGGCCGUAAGGGAAGACAUUUUUUAUCAGGUAUUGGCAAGAAUGGUUCCUAUUAAUAUUCACCAGUGUCAAAUCUGUGAAUUGAUGUAUACUGCUGGACAGACUUGUGGCUUUUUUCAGUCAUUCUCAGCUUAUCUUGUACAGUAGCAUCCAUUGUCUGUUGAUUUGUUUCCAUAUUGAAUUCAAAUCUCUGUUCAAGGUUGUCCCUCACUGUCCACGGUGUCCAGAUAUCCCCCUGGCAAUCAUGAAGCCAGAUAUUGUCUUCUUCGGAGAGAAUCUUCCAGAACUGUUCCACAGAGCAAUGAGGCAGGAUAAGGAUGAAGUGGACCUUCUUAUUGUCAUUGGGUCCUCACUGAAAGUGCGACCCGUGGCUCUCAUCCCAAGUAUGUUGAAAAUGUUUUUUUAGAUGCCCAAGAUUAGCAAUGCUUUUACCAAUGUUAUUACCGGUAUUACGCUUGAUCCCGAGUCAUGCAUCUAUAACAGGUGACCUUUUUUUCCACCCAGCCUCCAUUCCUCAUGAAGUGCCUCAAGUCUUGAUAAAUCGGGAGCAGCUGCCUCACCUCAACUUUGACGUGGAGCUACUUGGGGACUGUGACGUCAUCGUUAACGAGCUCUGCCAUCGGUUGGGUGGAGACUUUGAGCAACUGUGCUACAACUCCUUAAGACUCAAUGAGAUCACAGAGAAACCCCCGCGGUUACCGACUUCCGCAGAGCAGCCACCUUACAAGGCCUUGUCUACUCACAGUAAGCCAACAGAAAAAGAACAGAAGCACCGUCAAACAGAUUCAUCGGUCAGUGCCUCAGAGGAGACGAACACUCACAUGGUCUCAGACACUCCAGAAGGUGACAGAGUACCAACAGAACCUUGUCCGAAGGCUCAGAAUGUCACAGACACAUCUGAAGUCGAUGGCGUACCACCCGAGCCCUGUCCAAAAGGGCAGAUUGUCCCAGACACUCCAGAAGUAGAAGCACAACCAGAGCCCUGUCCAAAGGCUCCAAGUCCCAAUGAGGAGAGAAUGGAGCGUUCAAUCUCUCCAUCAGCGGACACGCGGAGUGAAGAAGGCUCUGGAUUAAAUGACCAAUAUAUCAACCUUGAAGUUCGCAAACGAUGCUGGAUGAGUCGAAUCAGUCGAAGUCCUAUCAGCAAGCGCCUUGAGAGUAAGAUUUCAAGUGUUUGUUUACCUCAGAUUUUGUGCAAAACUUUGUUUUUUUUAAUGCAAAACCUUCUGAUGGUAAUACCUUUUCCAUGUCUUUUCAUGAAAUCAUGUACUGUAAUUUCCAUGUGACGUUAUGACAACUUGUUCAUGUGAAAUUCACCCAAAAUGUGAUGUCUUUUACCCAGCUUCUCAAUACCUUUUCCAAGCACCAAAUCACUACAUCUUUCACGGGGCAGAAGUGUACUCCAACUCGGAAGAUGAGACGUCCAGCUCCUGUGGGAGCGACAGCGAGGACUCCAGCCUGGAGAUGGAGGAGGAAGACAGCGACGCAGAGGAGGACCAGAGCACAUCAGCAGAGGAGAUCGAGGGCUGCCUUAUAGACACAGUGACACACAAGCAAGCCUGCGAGGGCACGUCGAGUGUGAAGCAGACAGACCAUACAGACGAAAAUGUCCAGAACACCACAGACCUUUAAAAAAAACAGAAUGACCCUGUCUUGACAAGGCACUUGCUUUCUUUUUAUUAUCUUGUUUUGUAUAUUGUUUUGUCCCCACAGCCCCUUUUAUACAUUUUUCAUAAAGUCUAGAUUGCGUUGACUACACUCUUUUGCAUGUAUGUGCUGAAUAUUCAUUAUGUCUUUCUUCGUCCGACCACAUUACUGAGCUGCGGGGGAAUUGAGUACACGUUUUGUGUACUAUCAUUCGCAGCUCAACCAAGAAAGGAACAGCAAACUUACACCAAAGAACACCCCAUACUCUAAAUGUUUUUCCAGUUUUUCAUAAAAUUCUAAAAAGCUUGUUUUUGACUUACCCACCACUGAAGUGUAAAGAAUAUAUUUAACGGUGGCAUUGUUUUCCUUCCGAUAUUUGGCAGCUACUUUUUACGGUCAAUGUCAAGCUUUUAUUAUUUUUGUAUUUUGUAUGACAUACUCAAC